GAAAUGUUUAAUCGAACGGCUGUGGGUGAGUUUCUACUUCUAGAAUUUUCUACCAUGCGGGAGCUGCAGCUGCUACAUUUUGCCAUAUUCCUUCUCAUUUAUUUGGCAACUCUUAUAGGAAAUCUUCUCAUCAUUACAACCGUGUCCCUUGAUCGCCACCUCCACUCCCCUAUGUAUUUCUUCCUUGCAAACCUUUCCUUUCUCGACAUCUCUUACAUCUCUGUCACCAUUCCCAAAUCCAUGGUGAAUGCCUUGACCAACUCCAGGCAGAUCUCUUUCUCAGGAUGCGUUGCCCAGGUCUACUUGGUCAUCACUUUUGCAGAUGCAGAAUUGUUCUUACUCACAGCAAUGGCUUAUGAUCGCUAUGCUGCAAUCUGCCACCCUUUGCAUUACAGGGUGAUCAUGAACUGGAGUAUGUGUGGUGAAAUGGCAGCUGGGUGCUGGAUUGGUAGCAUGCUCUAUUCCAUUGUUCAUACCACUAAUACCUUCAGGUUAUCCUUCUGUCAAUCCAAUAAAAUCGACCAGUUUUUCUGUGAUGUCCCACAGCUACUGAAGAUCUCCUGUUCAGAUACACGUGUCAAUGAUAUCUUAAUGUUUGUCCUGGGUUAUUCAUUAGCUUCUCUGUGCAUAUCUAUAAUAUUUGUUUCAUAUGUUUAUAUCUUUUCCACUGUGCUAAAGAUACCUUCUAUCCAUGGAAGAUACAAAGCUUUCUCAACCUGCCUUCCACACUUGGUCAUUGUCUGUUUAUUUAUGGGCACUGGAGCCUUUACAUAUACAAGGCCAAGAUCAGCAUCCUCAGUUGGUCGAGACAUUGCAGCUGCUGUCCUCUAUUCUGUGGUGCCUCCAUUGAUAAAUCCAAUCAUUUAUAGCCUAAGGAACAAACAACUAAAAGGGUCCCUGAAAAAAUUAAUGAAAAAGCUAAAAUUCCCUACAACAAAAUUUAUUCUUUUAUAG